UGAGGAUAAAAACUGUAUCAUUUGAAGGACAGGUCCUGUAUAUAAUCGUCCAAUUUUGCUGCAAACAGUUCGCUGUCUACGUGCUCUCCAGGCCGCGCCACCGGGUUUCGUACGACGUACUCGACGAAUAUCCGUGCGUAUAUAUGGCGCAGAACGUCUUGGACGUUUCCGACGCUAGUGUCUGUGUUCAUGACGAACUUGAACCCCGUCGGCGUCUCAAAGUAGUGGAGUUUGUAGUUGCUGGCCGUGUAACCGACGAGGCCCUCCUUGGCGCUGAUGAUCGAGAGUCGAGAGAUGAGGGAUUUGAGGGAGAAUAUCAUUCCGUACAUAAGCUUGAACUCUUCUUCUCGAGGAAUUCCGGCUUCUUUCUGCCUCGUCCACUCCUUGUAGUAAAGACAGGAGCAAUUUCUGUCGAAUAUGUAGAGGUUAUAAAUCGUCAUCUCUCCUUCGCAGAAAAGUGGGUUGGGUUGGGUUACUAUCUCUAAAUGACGCGCACCGCGAGGUUUUACACGCAUGCGCAGUGUUCUCCAUUCUCUUUUGGCUGCCUCAUGCACACACGUGGUGGUCGUCGAAGAGGGGAAAGUAGCGCUUCUGUAUCUGGUUGAGCUAACCCUAUCAGAGACCGCUGCAAUGCCGUUCGUGAAAGUGGUCAAGAACAGGGCGUACUUCAGGCGUUACCAGGUCAAGUUCAAGCGGAGGCGGGAGGGGAAGACGGACUACUAUGCCCGCAAACGUCUCGUGAUUCAAGACAAGAACAAAUACAACACGCCAAAGAACAGGCUCAUCGUUCGCUUCACCAACACCGACAUUAUUGCACAGGUGGCGUACGCUCGCAUCGAGGGCGACAAGAUCCUAGCUGCUGCGUAUGCACACGAGCUUCCGCGCUACGGAGUGAAAGUCGGACACACCAACUACGCCGCUGCUUACUGCACGGGGACUGCUCCUUGCCAGAAGAAUACUGACCAAGUUUGGUCUCGGCGACAAGUACGAAGGUGUUUCUGAGGCAACCGGGGAGGAGUACAAUGUGGAAGCAAUGGGGGGUGGCCACCGUCCGUUCCGUUGUUUCCUGGACGUCGGUCUCACCCGCACUACCACCGGGAACCGGGUGUUUGCUGUCAUGAAGGGAGCCGUUGACGGAGGACUUGAAGUACCCCACAACAUGAAGCGACUGAUAGGUUAUGACAGCGACAGUCAGCAGCACAGUCCAGAGACCCUCCGCCACUACCUCUACGGAGGUCACGUGGCCGACUACAUGAAACAUCUCAUGGAGGAGGACGAAGAGAAGUACAAGACACACUUCGCAAGGUUCAUCAAAGAGGGCGUCACUGCUGAUGGGUUGGAGCAGAUGUACAAGGAUGCUCAUGCUAAGAUCAGGGAGGACCCCUCGUUCACAAAGAAGGCACCGCGAGAAGACAUCAAGAAGAAGAGGUGGAACAGAAAGAAGCUGACUCUGAAGCAGCGCAGGGACAGAGUGAGGCAGAAGAAGGAAGCCUACCUGCGCAAACUGCAGCAAGAGGCUGCCUGAGAUUGAGACAAAUUGAACUAUGUAUAAUUAUGGCCAGCAUGGAAAAAUGAUCAGUUUGCCUUAGUUGAUGGAAA